UCUCCAAUCAGCUCGUUUUUUCUCUCUCUUCACAGCUACCAUUUCCUAUCGUCGAUUGAAAAACCCUAGAAUUCGAAUACUCUAAGGAUCCAAGCUCCAUUGGUGUCAGCUUCAACAUUUGCGAGUUUGAGGCAGCCAUUCUUAACUUAUAAGAGAAUAGUGACCAGGUGACUGUCUAAAUGCUGGAUUGUACAUCAGUUGCUAUGUGAGGUUGUGAAUUAAUUGAUAUUCAUUGAUAUAUUUCUAUGUUAGUACCCACGUAGCAACAUUUAACAAUCAAAGGCUUUGGAGUUAAAUCAUCUAUGCCUGGCAACGAUGUUGGAGAUAGGGUUCACAACUUCUUUGCACAAGACAGCUUGUCACAAGAGCAGCAUCAUUCCCCAGUAGUGGAGGGAAAUUGGCCAGCUCAUAGUAACAAUCUGUGGGUUGGAAGUCAGAGACAGAUAAGUGUACUGACUCCCAACACAAAGAAUUACAAUUUACAGAACUCUGAUAGUGGGAAAGGGCCGAGCAGUUACCCUUUUACUAGCCAGCAUGGCUUGAAUUUUAUGCAAUCCACUCCAAGGCCUGAGUUUGCAAAGAGCCAGUCACAAAAUCAGCAGGCAAAUUUGAAUGGUUACAUGUAUAGCAAUCAGUUUCACCAGACAAGGCAGGAUGAAGCAAAAUUUCUUUCCAUCGAUACAGGUAAUGAUCAACGUAGUCUAGCCUCAGGAGGCCUAUCUCCUUAUGCAUCACAGCAAGGAGUAGGUCCAGAGCAGCAGGCAAGAGUACCAGUUCGGUCAGAACCUUCUGAGAGUCCUGCUAGUUUUGAUCUUUUUGGUGGUCAGCAAAUGAAUCGACAGCAAUCAAACAUGCUGCAGUCUCUGCAGCGGCAGCAGUCUGGGCAUAGUGACAUGCAGCAAAUGCAACUCAUGUUGAAGAUGCAAGAACUUCAGAGGCAGCACCAACUUCAGCAAUUAGAUGCCAGGAAGCAAAAUACACUAAAUCAGGUAUCUGGUAGCCAUCCCCCUGCAUUGGUUCAUGACACUACAAAUUCUGGUGCAUUAAAUUAUCCUUGGGCAAGUGAUCUUGGCAACACAAAUUGGUUGCAACGCGGUUCUCCAAUCAUUCAGGGAUGUUCCAAUGGACUCAACCCAACCAACAUUGGGCAAGCACAACAGUUAAUGGGUUUGAUUCCUCCAUCAGCUGACCAAUCUCUAUAUGGAGUUCCUGUUUCUGGUUCAAGAGGAAGUGUGAACCCAUUUUCACAAGUAAUUGAUAAGCCCACAACGCGUCCAAUGCCGACCUUUGAUAGUUCAUUUCCGGGUAAUCAAUAUGCUGCAUUGUCGGAUCAAGUCAGUGGGCAGGAUGGGACUUUCAUUCCUAGACAGAGAUCCCAAGGCGGCCAUUUUCUAGGACAUGCUUCAAGUCAAGCUCUGACUAGCCCGAUAAAUAUGGAGAACCCUCAACAAGCAAAUAUUAUGCAGAACAGUUCAGCUUUCCAGGACUUUUCUCGCAGACAGGGUCUGGCUGUUCCUUCAGAAAACUCACAGGAACUAGCAGGGGCACAUGCUUCUUCCUUGCAGAAUGAAGUCGGCUUAGAUCCUACAGAAGAAAGAAUAUUGUUUGGUUCAGAGGAUAAUAUAUGGGCAGCCUUUGGCAAGAGCCCUGAUAUGAAUGGGGAAGAUGGUAAUUCAUUUGAUGGUGCAGGAUUAUUGAAUGGUACUUGGAGUGCACUUAUGCAUUCUGCUGUUGCAGAAACUUCUAGCAGUGACCUUGGGGUACAGGAGGAAUGGAGUGGUUUAAAUUUUCACGGUACGGAAAUUGCUUCAGAAACUCAGAAUUUGAUGUAUAACAGUGGGAGACAUAAAACAUCUGCUCCUGAGGGAAAGUUGCCCCCAAACUCAUCCUUGAAUUCUGUUUCUGUUCAGCCCUCUGAUAGCACCAAUAUGAACAAUAACUAUUCCGAUGUCCAAGGCCACAGGCUCCCAUAUGAGCCAGGCCAGAGUUUGCAUGCCAACUCUUCUCAAAGACUUGUCCAGUCAUCGGAGGAAGGAAGCAAGUUGUCAAAUUUCGGUCCACGGCAGAAGUCAGUUGUUGAAGUAAGCCAGAUGAUGUUUGGGAGUGCUUCACAUCCUAUUGACAGCGAAAUAAAUGCUAGAAAGAUUUCUGGUUCUUUGACACCUGAGAUUGGUGGAGCUAGACAACUAUGCUACAAAUCAGCUGGUUGGAGUGACGUAGGAUCAGCAGUGCCCUCUGGAGAUGCAGCUUUAAGAGUUUCGAGUGAGAAUUCAUCAAGUCGUUCCCAGGAUGACAAUAGGAAGAAAUUCAUCCAAGCUGAAGUUGUUCAAGGUGGUGUGACAUGGAACUCUAACUCUGGCCAUAAUUCUGCAGUUGAUAUGGAGCAUGCAGGAUCAUCUAUUGCUAAUCACCAAGUGAAAUCGGAGGUCUUUAACUUGCAUAAUUCUGGCUCUGCACCCAAGUCAAGUACCAUGAGGGGUGGCGAAGAAACCAGUCAACUGCAAAAUAAUUAUCAUUCUGAUUAUUGGAAGAACAAUGAUUCCUUUGUCAAGUCUACAGUAAGCAAAGCCUCGGGAGCUUUACAGCGUCAUGUUACCAAAGACAAUCAGGUCUUUCACUCUUCGAGGGGUAUUAGUGACGUAGAAGUCAAAAUGCAUGGGAUGCAGAACAGCGAUAAGAACUCGAAUGACAGCUACCGCUCUAACUUAUUCCCUCCUUCUUCUGCUGCGAUGAGGGAAAAUAUCUUGUCAGAUGCGAGUGAUUCAAGGUGUCUUCCUACUAAGCAGAAGUCGUCUGAUCAGGUUGGCCAGAAAAAUUCUUGGGUUCGCAAGUUUCAGUAUCAUCCCAUGGGAAACAUGGAUGAGGAUUUGGAUCCUGCUUAUGACAGGAAACAGCCUAGUCAUUCUCAGUCUAUGCUGCAGCACAAUGCCAAUCAUGGCCAGUUGGAAGUAUUUGGUCAGGUUCCCAAGAGUCAGACAGAAGUGGAAGAGGGGCAACCGUCUAAUGGUCUGAGAGAUGGCAAAGGCUUUAGUGAGGUGCAUUCGCGAAGCAGCUUCCAUAGUGGUGGAUCUACUAUGCUUGGGCGCUUCAAUAGAUCAGAUUUAUAUUCACCAAAUACAGCUGCACAAACUAGUCCAAACAUGCUCCAGCUUCUUCAGAAGGUAGACCAAUCAAGUGUGCGUGGUUCUAUGACUCAGUGCAGUAAUUCUGAACAGCAAGUAUCAUCUGAGAUGCCUGAAGCAGAAAAUUCUGAUGGGUCUGUCGGUCAUCUCCAGCAAAGUCAAUCUUCUGCCUCUCAAGGCUUUAGUCUACAACUUGGCCCUCCAUCUCAACGGGUAUCAGUUCAAAACCAUUCUUUGUCAUCUCAGAGUAUCCAAGCAGCUAGCACUUCACACUCUCGAGCUGCGGAGGAGAUCAGAGAGAAGAGUCGGGGGCGGAUGCGCCCUCCUCAUCUGGGUCAAUCCUUGCCUCCUGCUGAACACUCUCUGGAAGAGUUGAAGAAUAACAGAUCUGGGGUUCCAGGGAGUACAUAUAAUGAAACUUCUUUGUACACGAUGCCUGGAAAUUUUUCUUCAGCAUUUGAUUCUAGUUCUGGUUUUCCUUACCUGAGAAGCCCAUAUCAAAAUCCACCUAUGGUUAGAGCUACUGGGCAACUCUCAACAAAUCAGUCUAUAAAUGUAUCUUUCAAUAAACAUGGUCCCCUUUCUGCUGAGAAAGGCGAGUCUAUCAGAGGACCUGUUAGUGGUCAAUCUAUACAGCCUUCCGUGCCCGAAGGGGCUGGUGAUGUUAAACAGGAUAAACCUACUAUCUCUGCGGGUACAUCUCAGUUAAGUAAUGCCAAUGAUCCCCAUGAAAGGCUCUUUGCAAAUCAAGUUUCAUCUAAGGAGCCAGGGUCAGUUUCUCAGCCUUACUCAACGUCUGGCAUCGCUCAACAGGGUGCAUCUUCAAAAAUGUUCGCUAAUAUGUGGACAAAUUUUCCACCACGGCAGCCCCUUUUUGGUGCUCAAUCCAGCAAGGAGUCUUCUCAAAUUCACCAGUCGCAUCAAUUGAGUAUUAUGGAGUCAUCAUUGUCUGCUGCUGAGAGGCAAGGUGAUCAAGAUGCAAAUAAGGAACGGAAGUUCACAUCUGAGCUUGAUACAAGCACAGUGAAUAUUUUGGGCUCUGUUGAGGGGGAAGAACAGCGAGUGAACGAAAGCCCUUCUCGACAAGUACCAUGUCAAAACAUUGAACCAGUUCAGAUGAAUGAUUCACAAGAUAGAGAACCUGUUGUCAAGAAUCUCUCAGAAGGAUCCCCUGCAAAUUCUGCAUCGAUGCAGAGAGAUAUUGAAGCUUUUGGUCGAUCUCUGAAACCAAAUAACUUCCCUCAUCAAAAUUAUUCCUUACUAAACCAAAUGCAGGCCAUGAAAAAUGUGGAGACUGAUCCAAGUGAUAGGGCUUUGAAAAGAAUGAGGCUAUCAGACAGCAAUACAGGUCUUCAGCAAAUUCCUUCCACUGAAUCUAGAAUUUUAAGCUUCUCUGAGCAGGAAUUACAAAGAAGCUUAUCAUCACAACAAGGAGGAAAGAUGCCUCCUCAGGAUAUACUUGCAUAUCGUCAGGAUGAUGCUCAGAGCAGAUCUCACAACAAUAGUACAAAUCCAUUUAAGCCUGAGCAUACUCAGAUUAGUCCUCAGAUGGCACCGUCCUGGUUUAAUCAGUAUGGAACCUUCAAAAGUGCGCAGAUGUUACAGAUGUAUGAAGCACACAAAGCUGCCUCCAUGAAGGCAACUGAUCAACCUUUCACCCUUGGAAAGUCUUCCAAUGGUUUGCAGACACUUAAUUCUAUGCAGAAAGUAAUACCUGCAGAUGCUGAUAGAAGUCCGAUUGGUAAUCUUGGGCCAAGUUCAGCUGCUAGCUCUGCUGCCAUUGAAGAUUUUUCUUCUCCACAGACGUUGCCACUGAAUGUUGGUCAGCAUAACCAAUUGUUGAAACCCAAGAAGCGGAAACGUGUUACAUCUGAACUUAUUCCUUGGAACAAAGAAGUUUUACUGGAUUCACAGAGCAAUCAGACAAUCAGCUUGGCAGAAAUAGAGUGGGCCAAAUCAACUAAUAGGCUUGUUGAAAAGGUUGAAGAAGACAUUGACUUCACUGAACAUGGGCCUCUGAGGCGUAAAGUUAAAAGAAGGCUUAUUUUGACCACUCAGCUUAUGCAGCAAUUAUUUCGCGCUCCAUCAGCUGCAUUUCUUUUUUCAGAUGCUAACUCAGAGUAUGAGAGUGUGGCUUACUCCGUUUCUAGAUUGGCAUUGGGGGAUGCAUGCAGCGUUGUCCCUUGCUCAAAUGGGGAUUCCAAUGCACCUCAUUUUUGCAAAGCACCGCUUCAUGACAAGGCCAGAACACCGGAGAGAAAUGAUAAUCAUACGUUUGCCAAAGCUGUGGAAGAGUUCACGGCAAGAACAAGGAUACUGGAAGCUGACUUUUCGAGACUGGACAAGAGAGCAUCAAUAUUAGAUGCGAUAGUGGAAGGCCAGGAUAUUGAGAAGUUCUCUGUCAUCUAUCGGUUUGCGAAGUUCCAUGGUCGGGUGCAAUCUGAUGGUGUUGAGACCCCAUCUUCAUUAGAUGCACGUAGCCAUAAACCUUUGGCACAGAGAUAUGUCACUGCACUUCCAAUGCCAAAAAAUCUUCCUAGUAUGGUACAGUGUCUUUCACUAUGAUCAUAAAUGAGUUGAUUUUCCUCAUGUUCUGGUGGUAAAUCUACUACCUCUACUUCUCUAAGAAGUUAUGGUGCUAAAUAUGCACUGGCACUAGCAACAACAGAAAUUGAUGGGCACUGAAUUGUCACCUCAAAUGUAAUGUAGGCUGUCCAAUCUUUUACAUGUUGGCCACUAAUGUCUUAUCAAGAAAUAUGAUUCAUUUUGUGUACAUCUCUUCAAAUUUGUAGGGAGGGAGAGAAAGGACAUGGGGGCUUCAUUUUUUGCCUUCAGUAGAGAAAAUAUAUUAGGAGAUGUCUGUAUAUAGUUAGUCAUCAGUGUUAUAUGUGUUACACUUUCUCUCACGAAUUUGUGAAGGUAAUCAUAAUUGCUUUAGUCAGGUCUGGGGUAAUUCAGACAUCUUGCGGUAAAUAUCAUGCCCAGGCUUUUCCUGAACUCCGAAUCAUUUGGAGAUUUACUAGAAUUUUUAGCUGGGAGCUGUCUUGAGAAUUUAAUCAGCUGUCUCGUGAAAAUGAUAUUCUUAGUACAGCUUCGUUAUAAUUAACUCUCUUGUACAGACCUUGUGAGUUACAACAACUUGGGAUUUGGCUCAAUCUUGGCUUCCUGUUA